GCCAUAGGUGGAGCUGUGGAGUGACAAAGCGGGGUUACCCCGAUUGCAAGUUGUUCAGUUCUUCAGUGUCACCACGGGGAACAAAGUCAAGCGAGUAGGUGCUUUAGGGGACGCACGGGAGAGGUCGUGGCACACUGACUUGUGUAACGUAAGACUUACUAUUUAGUUCGGUGAUAUGUUUGUGAGACAACGACAUAGCUGUCCAAUUGAUUGAGAACUGUAGGGAGGCAGGAGGCGACCGCGAGACGGAGAGGAGGCUGGAAAAGAAGGUAGUCGAACGUGGGGAGGAGGCGAAGUAAGCGGACAAGGCACCGUAGUUUUCUUGGAAUCUAUCGCAUGUCAUUCUCUCGUAUUCUACACGGAAAGAGCUAAAUUCACGAGCCUGGGGCACGUUUGGAGGAAACACCAGUUUUUGUAUUCCUUUACAAUGAAGAAAAACAAUUCGGCAAAACGGGGCCCGCAGGAUGCUAACCAGCAGCCCUCACAGCCAGACAAAGUCGGGUGGAUUCGCAAGUUUUGUGGUAAAGGGAUUUUCAGGGAAAUCUGGAAAAACCGUUUUGUUGUGCUUAAAGGAGACCACCUCUAUAUCUCGGAGAAAGAGGUGAAAGAUGAGAAGAAGAUUCAGGAAGUGGUCGACCUGACGGACUACGAGCGCUCAGAGGAGCUACGUAAAGCCAAAAGCCGCAGCAAGAAGAAUCACAGCAAGUUCACCCUGCUGCGCUCCCGGCAGCCUGGCAACACGGUCCCGAAUCUGGUCUUUCUGGCAGUCAGUCCAGAGGAAAAGGAGUCUUGGAUAAAUGCACUCAAUGGAGCCAUCACAAAGGGCAAGAAUCGCAUCCUGGAUGAGGUCACGGUGGAAGAAGACAGUUUCCUGGCCCACCCAACACGUGACCGUGCAAAGAUCCCACACACAAGACGUCUGCCCACCCGCGGGCACCUUAUGGCCGUGGCGUCCACCUCCAACUCAGAUGGCAUGCUGACCCUCGACCUCAUCCACGAGGAGGACGCCCCCGACUCCUGUGAAAAGAGCCUGCGGAUCACCGUGGACAAGCCAACCAGCUCCUCCAACUCCACCCCCGCCGCCUCAGACCCCCAGCGCCUGAGCCCGGACUCGGCCCGAACCUCCUCGGCCUCCACCUCCUGGGAGGCCCAGAGCAAGUCCCAGUCCCUGCCUCGCCAGAGCGACAUCCCCUGGGACUCCUCCGGCAAGGAGCCCGGCGGAGGUCAGGGGGCGCGGACCCCGCAGCCCGGUCGCAAGCUGACGCCGGCCGAGAAGAGCCGCUGCGCCUCCAUGGACGAGAUCCUGUCGCACUCGGAGACGCGCGCCGCCGCCGCCGCCUCCCGCCGACCCGCCAUGCCCCACUGCCCGGCGUCGGCGCCCGCCGCCUCCCUGCAACCCAUCAGCCAGCUGCAGGACCUCAUCUGCCAGAAGCUGGAGCGGACUCAGGAGCUGCUGACGGAGGUGCGCGGCGGCGCCGAGAAGGACGACGGCGUGCGGGCCGAGGCCGAGAGGCUCCUGGAGGAGGCCACCUCCACGUGGGGGCAGGCGCGGGACGUGCUGGAGGAGGUGAAGGAGCUGCGGGCGCUGUGCAAGCAGCUGGACUCGAGCGGCGCCGGCGCCACGGCCGCCUGCGGUAACGGCACCCUCACCAGCGCGGCCUCGGCCAACAGCAGCCUGACCACGCUGGGCGGCAAGCUGAAGAGCCCGCAGCAGACUCACUACCGGAAGAGCCUGAUGUGAGGACGCGGCUGAAAGAGGAGAUGGACCUCAUGAACGCUUCGCUAAUUAAUGAUGAGAUUAACGCAAUGCCCCCCCCACCCCCACCUGCUGUGUGCAAGAUUAGGAAGGAAAGGAAAACCUUAAAGCAAUUCUGAACUGAAACUGAAUAUAUUUCCAGUUCUGCUUCUGCACCACUUUGUUGGUGAUGCAGGCAGAGUCACAGAAAUAUGACAUGUGUGGGUGGGAGCAAUGACACACACCCCACUGCAGAGCUGAUUUCUGUGACUGGGGCCCUGAGAAGGAUGCAUUGUAUAGGUUGGAGGGCGGAUAGGUGUGUGAGUCUGAGUCUCUGGUUCUGUCUCCAACUGCUCUGCAUCACUGAACUCUCAGGGGUGUGUGUCUGUUCAGUGCUGGCACCAGCAUUAGAAAGUAAGGGGGGGUCAAUUAUUGGGGGGUUAUGAAUACAGACAGCCCAAAUCAGGGGGGGGGGGGGGGCAGGGCAUACAUCCCACCCCCUUACUCCUGUCCUUCUGCCAGCCUGUUGGAAUGUGAAUGUUUUCCUUUUAAUGUCCCAGAACACACUGGAAGGUCUCCACUCCACCACGGGGGCCACAUUUUUCCCAGCCCCCCCCCCCCCCC